AUGGUUUCUGAGCCGCUCAGCAGUGACGGUUUAUUUAAACUCCCAGAAUUCAGCGCGGCUGUGGCCUGGCUGAGGGAGAAGACCUGGCUUGAGUUGUUUCUGGUUGCUAGGCGACGUGAAGGAUUCCGGUCGCCCGUUAUCCAGAGAGCCGGUGUGAGGAGGAAGAUGAGCGCGGGCGCAGCGCACAAUCCUGACCGGCGGAUCCUGGAGUUGGCGUCUAAGCUGACGGAGAGCAGUCACGACUCAGACCCAGUCCUGCUGCUGACCCUUAGAGAUAUCCUGCAGAGUGCGGCGCCUGGAAGUAAAUCUCUGCAGAACCUCAAGGAGGAUUCUUAUAGCUACGGCCUGGUCCAGUACUGCGUCCUGGUUCUGAAGCAGGAUUACAGCCGGGUGGAUGGCAGGUGGACGACGGCCGCUGCUCUGGCUGAUGUCCUGAGUAAGUGCUGCGUUGGUCUGGAUCCCAAGAACGACGCUGAUGAAUUCUACUCGAAGUUGCUGCCCUCCGCUGCCGUGAACAUGUUAGUGCUGGGAAGAAGGAUCCAAGCGAGAUACGUGCGCUCGGUCAAGGAUGAAAAAAGCGGAGAGCUGCUGCGGUGUUUCCGUCUGGUGAUGGACUCUUUGUGUUGGUUGUUCAGCGGUCACGUACAACUGGUGGAGCUCGUUUGGAGACAGGAGCAUUUCCUGCAGCUACUGAUGACCGAUGAUGUGGAGAGCGGCACGGCCGUCAUGUCUGUACUGCAGGCCAUUCUGCGCGCUAACAGCUCCGUCCUCCACCAGAUUCCAGAAGAGACUUUGCAUCCAAUUCUAGAUGAACUGGUUUACAAACUUUCUGCCUCAUCCAAUCCAGUCACCGGCAGCUCUGCAACUCGGUCGCUGCUUCUCAUGGUGGAGUCCAAUCCUCAACUAGUGCGAAUAGUGGGCACUCGAUAUAAAGGCCUCAGAUCUCUCUUGAGCAAGCAAUGGACUGGGAAAGGCUUUGGCCGUGAGCUCAGCCGACUCCUGGACAUUCUGUAUUCCAGCACUUACCAGCAGGAGGAGCUGCAGAGACUGCACCGCGCUGCCUGCGUCAUUCAGGCCGUGUGGAGGGGAUUUCGGAUUCGGAGGAGGAUACGGAAGUUACCUGGGGCUGUGACGUCUUUACAGAGGAGCUUCAGAUCCAAACGUGACCAAGAAAUGAAGCAACAGAAGAGACAGAGAGAAGAGGAGGAUCUGAGGGAGCGGAUGAAGCUGCAGAGACUGCGCGCGAUGAGGGAGUUCAGAGAGAAGCAGCUGACGCUGCUGGAGAUCGUCCACGCGGGACAAAUGGACAAACACAUCCAGGAAACCCAGGAGCGGUCGGCAAUGAUGAUACAGAAGCUCUGGAGGGGGUACAGAGAGAGAAGACAAUUCCUGCGGCAGAAACAAAUCCUCAAACAGUACAAGGCGGCGGUCAUCAUCCAGAGGGCGGCAAUGAGACUGUUAAAGAAGCGGAGACUGAUCCGGGAAUCUUUAUCGCCUUGGAAAAAACACCAAGAUCUCCCGGAUGAGGAAAAGCUGAGGCUGCAGCAGAAAGUGGACGCUCGCCUCCAGCUCCACCCGGCCCAGCAGAUGUCACUAGAGCAGAGCCAGGACCUGCACAAGAAGGUGCAGGACAGACUGGGCCAAUUCCUACUGACCAGAAAGCAGCAGCAACGAUGCGAGCAACGCAGGGAGGCGCUAUUGGCCCACAUCAACACUGACAUCGGCAUGCUCAUGGGUGCCCCGAGUCUUAAAGACGCAACCGAGAAAGACGUGGACCUCUUCACCAGCAGAUCCGUCCCCGUCGCCCUCAAAGCCAAGCAGUGUCACAGCACCAUGCUGAAGCGGAGCCGCUGGCCCUGGUGGAAGAAGCUGAGCGAUGAAUUUGUGGAGGAAAAUGAUUCUAUUCGGGGCGACAUCCCUGACCUGGAGCACGGCAUCAUAUUCAUGGCUGGAAGCAAACAACCGUAAUUCAGCCCGAAGGCCAUAACCUCCCGAUCCCGCUGACUGACUGACUGACACAACCGCACUGUUUACAUACCUUCAGAUCCCAUGACUGGUUCUUAAACGGUUAAACGCGUCUCGUCUUUGAAGAUGUUCACCGCGUGUCCUCUAUGACUCGUCUUCGCCCGUCGCUGCGUAUAACCAUGUCCGUAACGUGUAAUCUUCCUGUUUCCGCAGAGCAGUAAAGUCACUCGUUCCGGAGACGUGUCGCCGGUCCCCAGUCAUGUGACCACACGUGAGCGUAGGCUGAUAUGUAGAUAUCGUAUGUACAUUUGUGUAUGGUUUGUAAUUACCCGUUAGGAUUUUUCUAACUUAUUUUUUUUUCCACUCAUAAUUAAACCGUAAUAAAUAUGGUAUAAAUAUUUCUUUAACAUACGCAAGUUGGCUUUGUUGUCACUUAA